UACUCUCUCCAUUUUAUUUUGACGGUGGAAGAAAGAGUGAGAUAAGGGCAUCCUAUUUAUUAUUAUUAUUAUUGCUUAUAACAUUUACAGGGUUCAUUUACAUUUGUGAACUCUUGGAAGAGAAUUAGGCUCAUCUUCUUUCUAACACAAAUUCAAUUUUUUAUUCCAUUGACUUCUGUUUGUUUACGGCAUCAUUUAUAAUAAAAGAAUUCCGUUAAACAGUGUGGGAUUCGAAUUUCUAAAGCAACAAGACAUGUUUGAACAGCGAGGAGGAAAGUUACUUCUCUUGUGACAACAUUUUUGGUACUCGUACUCAGCAGCUGUUGGUAUUCCCUGUGGCAACGGGGAUCAGCAGUGUUUCCCAUUGGUCGGUUGUGUUCGCUGCGUACAAUUAUUAAAAUGGCGUCAGCAAUGGAUAUAGAUGACGAAGAAAUUGAAUUACCCACAUCAAGUAAUGGAAAGGGGGAAAAGAAACGGUUUGAAGUGAAGAAGUGGAAUGCUGUUGCCUUGUGGGCGUGGGACAUUGUGGUGGACAAUUGUGCCAUUUGCCGUAAUCACAUAAUGGAUCUUUGCAUUGAGUGCCAGGCAAACCAAGCAUCUGCCACAAGUGAGGAAUGUACUGUUGCCUGGGGGGUCUGCAAUAUAUGGCCACUGAAUGACAAAGUUGUUUGUACGUCUCUUCAUCGGGACCCAAAUCCAGCUUGGCUCACCCCUCCUGGUUUGGUUAAGGGUAGCAAGAAUUGUGAUGCAGUGUAAAAUGUAUUGUUGCAAUUGUCUUAUACGUGUUUAAAAUAAAGAAUGAAGGUAUAUAUCAACAUAUGUACAGGAACUUAAAUGAACUCUGCCUCAAGGUCAUGUACAUGUUUUAUGCUAAUUUUUUUUUGUGUGUGAAUUCUUGUGUUACUAAUUAAAAGUGAAGUUAACUGAACAAAAA